AUGGUUUUAAAAUCAACUUCUGCUAGUGGUGUUUCAGUAUAUCAGGUAUCAGGUACUAAUGUAUCUAGAUCUUUGCCUGACUGGAUUGCUAAAAAACGUAAAAGAUCUUUGAAGAACGAUUUGGAAUACCAAAAUCGUGUUGAAUUAGUUCAGGAUUUUGAAUUUAGUGAAGCUUCAAAUAAAAUUAAAGUUACUAAAGAUGGUCAAUUUGCAAUGGCUACUGGUACUUAUAAACCACAAAUCCAUGUUUAUGAUUUCACAAAUUUAUCAAUGAAAUUUGAUAGGCAUACCGAUGCUGAAAAUAUUGAUUUCCUUAUAUUAUCUGAUGAUUGGACUAAAUCAGUUCAUUUACAAAAUGAUAGAAGUAUUCAAUUUCAAAAUAAAGGUGGUUUGCAUUAUGCAACAAGAAUUCCUAAAUUUGGUAGAAGUUUAGCUUAUAAUGACAUUAACUGUGAUUUGUAUGUCGGUGCUAGUGGUAAUGAAUUAUAUAGAUUAAAUUUAGAACAAGGUAGAUUUUUGAACCCAUUCAAACUAGACAUUGAUGAAAACAGCGGUGUCAAUCAUGUUUCUAUAAAUCAAGUUAAUGGUUUACUGGCUGUAGGGUUAGAAGAUAGCGUUGUAGAGUUCUGGGAUCCAAGAGCUCGUUCAAGAGUUUCAAAAUUAUAUCUAGAAAACCAAAUAGAUAGUUCAAGUUUCCAAGUUACAGCUACAAGUUUCCGUAAUGAUGGUUUGAAUUUCGCUUGUGGUACUUCUAAUGGUUAUACUUAUUUAUACGAUUUGCGUACCUCUGAACCUUCUAUAGUAAAGGAUCACGGUUAUGGUUUCGACAUUAAAAAAUUGACCUGGAUAGAUGACGUUUCUUCUUCAUCAGAUAAAAUUUUAGUAUCUGAUAAAAGGAUUGCUAAAAUAUGGGAUAGAUUGGAUGGUAAGCCAUAUGCAUCUAUGGAACCAAGUGUAGAUAUCAACGAUAUCGAGCAUGUUCCAGGCACUGGUAUGUUCUUCACCGCAAAUGAAGGUAUUCCAAUGCAUACAUAUUAUAUUCCAAAUUUAGGUCCAUCUCCACGAUGGUGUUCAUUCUUGGAUUCUAUUACUGAAGAGUUGGAAGAAAAACCUAAUGAUUCAGUCUACUCCAAUUACAGAUUUAUUACCAGAGAUGAUGUUAAGAAAUUGAAUAUCCAACAUUUAAUUGGUUCAAAGGUAUUAAGACCUUACAUGCAUGGUUUCUUCAUUAACACUGAAUUAUACGAUAAAGUCUCUCUUAUCACAAAUCCAAAUGCUUAUAAAGAUGAAAGAGAAAGAGAAAUCAGAAAAAGAAUUGAAAAGGAAAGAGAGUCCAGAAUUAGAACUGCAGGUGCUGUACAAAAACCUAAGAUCAAAGUUAACAAAACUCUUGUUGAUAGAUUAUCAGAAAAGCGUGGUGAUAAAGUCGCUGAAAAGGUUCUUACAGAUGAUCGUUUCAAAGAAAUGUUUGAAGAUGAAGAUUUCCAAGUUGAUGAAGAAGAUUAUGAUUACAAACAAUUGAACCCAGUUAAGUCUGCUAGAGAAACUGAAGAAGGUGCCGCCAAGAGAAUUAGAGCCUUGACUGCUGCUGAAGAAUCUGAUGAAGAAAGAAUUGCUAUGAGAGAAGGUAGAAGUGGUAAAUACAGUGAUAGCGAAAGUGAAAGUGAGAGUGAGAGUGAAGACGAGGAAGAGAUUGAAUUAAGUGAGAAGGACAAGAAGCUAAUACAGAAGAACCGUUCCACAAUUGAAAGAAGAAUGAAGGAGAAGAAACAAUCAGAUUCUUUCUUAACUGAGAUGAGUAUAAGUACAAAGGAAACAGCAACUGGUAAUGCAUCGAUUCCAUCAUUCAGCAAACAAGUUCGUGAAAGAAAGUUAAUCGAAAAGGAAAAGAAGAAUGAUAGUUCAAUUUUGCAUCGUAAUCAUCGUGGUGAAGCAGAAUUAACAUUUGUACCUAAAAAACAACCUAAACCUAGCAAGAAACCAGCAAGAAGAAACAAUGAUGACGAUGAUGAAUCAGAUGAUGAGACUUCUAAAAGAGACAAUGGUAGAUCUAGACCAAGAUAUGAUGGUAGAAGGGCUAGUAAGAAUGUAUUCCGUGGUAUGUAA